AUGUGUAUAUGUAAUUCCCCUUUCUGUAUUACUUGUGUACACAUUUCCACUGCCAUUUCCUCCAUGCCCCCCUCUUCAAUUUCUGAUGGAAAAGGCAUGGUCAAGGGAAAGUCUUCUGAGUUUAAGCAAUGCCUUGGUGAAGAAGAGAAGGAAGUAUUCCUGUUGUUGCAUGCUGGUUGCAGGCAUUUUGAAGAAAGAAGCAACAGGCCAGUGCAAAGUUACAACAUUUCCCCAAAUGCAUCUGUCGAAAAAGGCAAGACUUUGCCUCAAGCGUUUCAGUUUUACUGGAGACUUGAGAAAGAGAGAACAGAAUAA